AUCAGUAUUUUUGAAUUUAGUGAGUGAUAGCAAAGCAGUCGGUGCAUUUUGUAACAAUAACAAAGAUGCUUAGAUAAUGGUUGACUUGAAUAUAAUGAAAGAGCCUGCAAGACAUGCAUAGAACGCAGUGAAUUACAUUUCUAUGGCGCGAGCAUUCAAAGUUCAACAAGUAUUUCAGGAAUUGCAAAAUUAUAACUAAUAUAAUGAAAGUUGAGAAUAAACAAUGAAAACAUUGUGAAUCCUGCCAUUGGCUGUGGUGGUUGCUAAGGAGUAUGUUUCUCCGUUGCUGCGUCGAAUAGGCAUUGAAACAUCAGUGGUCACUGAUCAACGCAUCUAUAUCAGGACCGAAUAUGGCAGCCGGUUGCAUUGUGGUGCCUCUCAUCAUACCGAUUCGAAUCCCCCCUCCUGGUAAAGCCAAGCAUGAGAUAGACACCACAACUCCUGUUGAGCUCAAAUCAGAUACCCCAGAUGUCACUAUCUACUACACUCUGGAUGGUACUAAACCAGAGGUGACGAAGAGACCAGGGUUUGGAGAGAACAGCACUUUGAAGUAUAGCGGACCAAUACGCUUACCUGAGGGCAAAGUGUCAGUCAAAGCUCUGGCUAUCACCAGGGAUGGUCGAGAGAGUGCCAUUGUCACCAAGCUAUUUCUGGUGGAGUAUGUGCCCUCAAACGAGCCACCUUCCAUUGAGGACAAGGAAGAUCACUUUCUAAAGGAGUAUGAACGGGACCUCCCUAGACAGGAGAUGGGGACAGCGAACGGUUCUGGAGAUGCCUCACUGAAGCUUCAAGUGCCAAAGACCUACCGGCCCCCUAAAGGUCCACGGUUCCUCAGCAGCCGUCUAGGGCUUGUGUCCCCUGCUCCGGAGCCCAUGUCUUCACAUCGUUCUCAGACACUGAAUGCAAGCUUGGAAGACAGUCCCUUCAAAAACCUAAGCAGCACUCAAAUGUCAAGGAUCCAAAGGGAGACAGACUUUCUGAGGUGUGCGAAGUGCUUGAGCCAUCGCCCCUCAGACCCCUUUGCCCGCUUUUGUCUGCAGUGUGGCACCGCUGUGCUGCCUGUGCCAGGCCAGAGGCUGCCACCCACAGAGGGUGGACAGAUGGGCUUGUGUGUCCACUGUAAAACAAUGGUGCCUGUCAACACCCCCACAUGUGUGGUAUGUGAGGCCCCCAUGAGCCCCCAGCUCCAGCCUCAGGCCAGCUUAAGACUCCAGAACAAGGUGAUCUGUCCGUCAUGUGGAACUGGAAACCCUCCGCAUAUCUCAAAUUGUGUCACCUGUGAAACUAAACUACUGCAGCCACCCACUGCUGAUUUGGGUGGUCAGAGUGCCCCGCCACUUCCAUCUGGAGCAGGCAAGAUGAUGUCCUGUUCUAAGUGCAGCCGGGUCAACCACUCGGAUGCGCGCUUCUGUGACUGGUGCGGUUCCAAGCCUGGCCAUUCAGUCAGCUGUUUGAUCUGCUCCCGGUGCGGAGCGAGCAGCCACCCCUAUGCCAACUUCUGUGGCUCCUGUGGGGUGUUUCUGGAGGGGCCACCUAGGGGGGAGUCACGUGCCAGCCUUGCCUAUUCCAUGGGGGGGAAACUGGAGUUGGAGCGAAUGUCCACUCACACCUCUGACGGUGCCACUGCCAACUGGCAGGCUGUGCCCUCCUCCGUUUCCCCCGGUGUGGCGUUGGCCCCGGCACCAGCACGGGCGGACCAGCAGACUCAGACGGUGGGCUUGUUCUACCCGUCGGGCACUGAAGUCCACAGGAAGGGCCAGCAGGUGGCGCUGGAGCUGAGGAGACAGGAGCAGAUGAGGGACCGCAGACCACUGCUCACAGCUAUAAGCCCAGGCAGAGGGUACUGGAGGAAGCAGCUGGACCAUGUGUGUGCUCACCUGCGCAGCUACACUCAGAACAACACUGAGUUUCGGGCUCUCAUAGGGGAGCCUCGCAUGGGCCGGCCAUCCAAAGACAGUCUGCUUCUGAGGGAAGUUGGUCCAGACGGGAGGGGGGAGAUCUCUGUGGUCCAGCAACUGCUUGAUGAGGGUGCAGAUCCCUCAUGCCAGGGGUGCGACGGACACCCUGCCCUGGUUGUUGCUGUGCUGCACGAGCACCACGAGGUCCUCCCUGUGCUGGUACAAAGGGGAGCUGACGUCAACCGGCAGUCUGGGCCGGUGAACAACACCGCUCUGCAUGAGGCUGCUGCUCUUGGGAGUAAGGGCUUACAGUGUGCAGAGACACUAUUAGGAUGCAACGCCAGCAUUCGGAAGAAGAACGACAGAGGUCUGACGGCCUAUGACUUGGCGGUCACUUCAGAUUGCAGCCCUUUGGUGUCUCUACUAGCUGCUAAGAUGGGUCAGGGCAUGCUAGACAGACUGGUCAAACCUAGGACUCACCCAAGCCUAGAUGCAUUCUGAUGACAGAGAGAAUUGUGUGCGGCCCCCAAAUGGCACCCUAAAGUGCACUGCUAUGGGCCCUGCUCAACAGUAGUGCACUAAAUAGGCAACAGGGUCCCAUUUGGGAUGUAACCUUUUCUCCAUGGUGGCCUUAUUUUCUGAAUUGACCAUUCAUCAAUUAUCUUGAAUCUCUGUUAAUCAAUUAUAACUUCCAGAAAUUGGAUUGAUAAGGAAUUUACCCCAACCUUAUGUACUGUAGUGCUACAAACAUCUACAACCGUUUGAGGAAAAACACCCAAUUCUUGUAAAUUGCUAAUACUAACAAAACAAUCGAACCAAUGCCUUCACUGACAGAUUUGAAUACAGAUGCGCAAUAUAGAACUUGAUGAUAAUAAUGGUACACAUGCUAUAGUAACCAACACUAGUUCUAAGAGGCAUGUACACUGAGGUCCAAAAGUAUUUGGACAGUGACCCAUUUUUUGUUGUUUUGGCUCUGUACUCCAGCGCUUUGCAAUAAAACAAUAACUUAUGCUUAAGUGCAGACGGUCCGCUUUAAUUUUAGGGUAUUUUCAUCCAUAGAAAUUACAUCACUUUUUGUAAAUAGUCCCCUCAGUUUAAGGAACCAAAAGUAUUUGGACAAAUACACUUAAUCAGAAAGUAUUCAUACCUGUUGACUUAUUCCAAAUUUUGUUGUUACACUCAGAAUUUAAAAUAGAUUACAUAUUUUUCUCUUACCCAUCUAUAAACAAUACCUCAUAAUUACAAAGUGAAAACAUGUUUUUAGAAAUGGUUUAUUGAAAAAUAUACACAGAAGUAUCUCAUUUACAUAAGUAUUCAGGAACAUUCACUAUCUUCUUGGUAAGCAACUCCAGUGUAGAUUCGGACUUGUG